AUGGCAGAUUACUCAGGAGAAUCAGGACUUUUGCCCUGUGAAUCCUGUGAUAUGGUUUUCCGCUCCUGGGCUUUGUUGGCCACACACACCAAACGAUUCUGCAUUGGCCGGCUGACUCCGGAGGUAACACUUAAGUCAGCUGGAGGUAAGCCUUCAGUCGCGAUCAAACAACGAGGCACCAAGAUUAUGGCACAAGAAAAGAGCCGUGAUCAGGAGGCCAGCACAUCUGCUCUAAAGAGGUUGACAGAGGAGACUGCAGGGAGCCCUGGAGAGAGGCUGCGAGUCUUGCAGGGAACCCGCGCCAGACGCAUGGCAGAAACGGAAGCGCAAAGCCGGGCGCUGGAGCGUCGCGGCGAAGAAUUAAAACGGCGCCUCGACAGCGUGGCGGGACCCAAGGGAGGAUUACCCCGCUCAUUCGACUUGGAGCGCGAGCUCAGAGAACUCAGGGAAGAGGCCAGCCGGACCCGGGGAGCACUGCAAACGCUAGGCGCGCACUUCCAGGCGCUGCAGCUUCAGCCUCGCAAACAGCAGGACACCCAUAGGGCAGUGGAAUUCUGUUACCUGCCCCUACGGUUCAACCCGGAAACGCUGGCUGCAGAGAUCCGGAUCCUACGUGAGGCCUACGUGCACGGUGGAGGACGGGACCCAGAAGUUCUGGACAAAAUAUUGCAGCUUCAAGUGGAAGCGUCAGCCCUGGAAUUGCAGCGGUCGCAGAACCGCAAGGAAAAACUAAAUGCCGCCUCUGAGGAGGUUCUAAUGGUGGAAGCCGAAAACAGGCUCCUGGAGGCAGAAAUCCUGGCAUUGCAGAAGCAGAAAGUCCUGAGUCUGUCGCCCUGGGGAUCCAGAGAUCUCCCCCGACACCUGAGUAGGUGUGAUAACUCCCUCCUCUCUCCACCGGUUGCACCCCCAAUAUCACCACUUACAAGUUCCACAAAAGCCCAGAACUUCCAUGGCACUUCAAAGCCUAUACUUAAUGGAACCAUGGCAAGAAAAAUGGGUCUGGAUCUCCACUUCCUCCUACCUGCAUCAGAUGUUCUAGGUCCAGCACCCUAUGAUCCUGGGGCUGGCCUUGUCAUUUUCUAUGACUUCCUGUGGGGCCUUGACACUUCUUGGAUUUGGGUACAGCUAAUGACAAGCUUGGCCCGGAAUGGACAAGAUACAGGAGGGACCACAGCAUUACCUCCAGCCCUUUGCUUGCCACAACCUUCAACUCCUGGACCUAUGGGCAACUGUGCUAUCCUAGCAAGCAAGCAGCCUGUGCCCAGGCUGCCUCCAUCACCACAGGUAUCUUUGAUCUGUGAACUACAGGCCUGGCAUGGAGUUACAUGGGCACCACAACCAAAGGCUUGGGCCUCACUAUUGCUAUUUGACCAAGAUCUGAGGGUGCUUAGUGGCCGUUGGCGCCUCCCACUUCGGGUCUAUCCUAGUCUCAGCCUUGCCCAGAGGAAUGAGAUUCCCCAGGCAGGCCAGGCUGAGCUCUUUCUGAGGCUGGUAAAUGCAAGAGAUACAGAUGCCCAGACAUUGGCAGAGAUCAACCCAGCAAAUGCCCAUGAAUACCAGUACCCACCAAUGGUGUCCAGUUCAUCUUCUGUGGAAUCCAGUUUCUUCACCCACAGUUCUGCCUUUGCUGACCCCCCACCUCCCACAGAAGACGCUUUUGUCAGUGUUAAGGAUAAAGAUGAACACUUGAGUCCUCACCAGUUUUGACUGAAACACUGAAUUUCUUCUAGACCUGCAGCUUUUUAAAUGGGGUCUUGUAACAGUGGCAAACUUACAUUUGACCCUAAAAUACUGUGUGGCAAAAAAGAACUUAACCUAAACCCACUUUUCUUUAAACUAGCCAACUAGAA